AAAUGGUUUUGACGAACACCCCUACCAACCACCAACCAGUAACAUAAUCUCAUCUCACAGCAAGUGCGAGGGUAAAUGUGUAAACUCACAGGAACAACUCUGAAGCCCUCCUUAAACCCUAAAGUGAGCUCGAGCGUCAGAGUUUUUCAUAGUUGAGGGCUCAUAGCUGAGAAGAAGCUUUUUACUCUCUACUUCAUUUGGCUGAUUUCUCUUCUGUGAUUAGAUAUGGCGAGGCGGCUGAUCCCAUUGUUCGAUCGCAUUUUGAUUGAAAAAAUCGUUCCUCCUGCAAAGACUAACUCCGGCAUUCUUCUUCCUGAGAAAACGUCCAAGCUGAACUCUGGAAAAGUUGUUGCGGUCGGUCAAGGAGGUCGUGAUAGAGAUGGGAAACUAAUUCCUGUACAUGUAAAGGAAGGUGACACAGUUCUUUUGCCCGAGUAUGGAGGAACUGAAGUUAAGCUCGCAGAUAAAGAGUAUCAUCUGUAUAGGGAGGAUGACAUCCUGGGGACUCUUCAUGAUUAGUUCAUUUAAUUGCUCUUCCUUUGUGAGGAAGGGUAGUUAGUCACCGGCAUGGACAAUUGUUCAAGGCGAAUCAGACUCUUUUUUUGGUUGCUAAAUCUUGAUACUGAUGUACUCUGUAUCGUUUUUUUUUAAAUGUACUAAACUAGAAGACAAAGUUCAGCAAUUGAAUGGUAAUCCGUAAUGGCAUCUUAACUAACCAUUUUGACAA